ACCGGUUUUUAUCGUUUUAGACAUGGAUUUCAGCAAGCCCAGAGGCAUCAUCCAGACCGUACCUUUGAAGCUACCUAAUGGAUACAUCCUGCCUGAGGGCAGGCUGACUCCCAACGCGCUCUUUGUUGGUGGGAUUGACAUGAAGGCGGAUGAGAAUGAAAUGAGGGAGUUCUUUGCAAGAUAUGGCAAUGUCAAGGAGGUGAAAAUAAUCACAUACCGUGGAGGAGUCUGCAAAGGUUAUGGAUUUGUGUACUUUCAAGAAGAUGUGAACAUUCAGUCAAUCAUUGAGCAACAGAUCAUUUUUAAAGGGCGGAAACUCAAGCUGGGACCAGCGAUCAUGAAACAACGGAGUCCUCGGUCUGUUCCAUCCCGUCUGGUUGGGCCCUCCCCUUUGAUGAAUCCCUCUCAGUAUAUGUACUGUGCAUGCUGCUCACCUUUGGGAGGAGUGGUCACACAUCCCUCACCUGCCUUCAGUGGGGCCAGCCCCUAUAAUCAGCCGUACCCAUACAGCAACUUCGCUGGAGUAAUUGUUCCCCAGAUGCCGAUGAGUUACACACAGAAUCCAUACCCCUACCAGUACACCCAAGCUCCUUGGACACCAGACCAAAGGGCUCGACCUGUCAACCAGAGCUUUGUGGACUGUGGAGUCCAGACUAUGCUGACUGUGCAAUAGUCUAAAGCUGUUAAGCCUCCUGCAAGAUGGAGCCUACGGUAGCUUCAACAAGGUAGAAUGCAGACGAGUUAUCAUCUUGUCGUCCUGGACGUCUGAAAGCCUCCCGACCAACGCUGUGUUUUCCGAACACCUUCGCCUCCAGUUUUUCAGAGCCUUUUUAACACCAGACUGCAUGAGCUUCCCCCUUAAACCGAACCACAUAGAUCCCAGCCUCUUUAACCCAGAUUGGUGACGUUGACCUGUGGUCGGCUGCUUUUAAUUCACACGGAUCACAGAAACUUUUUAUAGAGCGCACUCACUAUACCAACCAAAGCAUGGGAUCACUUUUUUUUUUUUUUAUAUAAUCCCAAAACAAAAACACUUAAAUAUUUUAAUCUCACUUUUUUUGUUUAUUUAUAUUAUGUUUAAUUUAUUUUUUUCU